AGGAAUUCAUGAAACAAAACAGUAAUAUCAAACACUCUUAUGAGAUUUAAAAUUAGAAGAGUAUGCAUUUGUGUUAUUUUAGUACAAGUUUUCCUGAUAACACUUCAUGUGAUAUUUUACCAGAAUUUUACAGGAUUAAACACUUUAUCAACAAGAAAAAAAGAUGUGCAUAUAUUCACGUACGUACGGAGACAGGCGACAAAUAAGACGAUAGAUAACACAACUCUACACACUGAAUAUAGGAAAGGCAAGCAUAAUGAUAAGAAUGGAGCAACUGACCGUGACAAUCCAGGUAGGAUAUUUACUAAACUACUACAAACUACAGUUACAACGAGGCAAAAGGUGGAAAAAAUUGCUCAUAACACAAGUCAAACACGAAAAAGGAAAAUGAUGUCUCUCGGAAGAAAAUGUCUCGAUGUUGAAUUUGAUGCUCGUGUAGAAGAAAAUGAUGAUUGGCAGACCGUUGACAGUAAUACAGCGUUUGUGUUUUCCUCGUAUUAUGUGGAGAAAACUAAAACUAUCAUCAUUAUCGGGGCUAGGUCACAGCAUCACUUGGGAUACUUCUGUCUCCUUUGGCAUGACAACAAUGGGAAACAUACUGCGGAACAAGUUGAUGCAAGCGUUAAAAAGCUCCCAGAAGGUCAUGAUCUAUGGUAUUCAGCCGUUUUCUUCGAGUGUAAACUGUCAUCACACAAUAUCCUACCAUCACAUGUAUCCGUGGUAAGGGCACCUUGUUCAAAACCAGCUAAUAUACUGAAGGUACGUGGCACAGUGCAACCAGAGCAGUACCCACGUCGCUUUACUGUUUGUCUAACCCCACUAAACACCAUUACGGUCGUGUUUAUGAGUUAGUUGAGUGGAUCGAAUUGAACAGAAUAAUGGGCGCCGAGAAAUUUAUAAUUUAUAACCAUUCUAUAUCAGAUAAUAUAGCAAACGUUCUGGACUACUACAGGGGUAUACAUUUAGUAGACAUUGUUCAAUGGAGGUUACCAAUGAAUACUGACACUAAAAACGGAACAAAGCUUCCAGAAAUUCAUUACUUCGGUCAGAUAGUUGCACUUCAUGAUUGCCUAUAUAGAAACAAAGCUGAAUCCGAAUUUUUAGUCAACAUAGAUCUAGAUGAGUUUAUUGUUCCCCAUGACGACAAUGUUAGUGAAUGGGGUGAUAUGAUUAAACAACUUCCAAAGGAACCAGGUGCUUACAUUUUUCGUAGCACAUUUUAUAGGAAAGAAUGGGAAAAUAUGUAUCUGUCAAGUAAGGAAUUAGUUGAUAAAUACAGGCUUAUAACGCUACAAAAGUUAAACCACGAAGAACAUAUAUUCCAUGUAAACGAAGAUCAAAAUACUUUGCUCGAACAUUUGAUGUUAGACAGGUUAUGAUUCACGGUGUUCAGUUUUUGCCGACGAAGAAAAAAGCUCAUUCUGUACCUGUUGAAGUUGGCCUUCUUCAUCACUAUAGAGACUGGGAGAAUGAAAUGUCUCUUCCUGAGAUAAAAGUGUUUGAUGACACAAUACCGCGCAAAUACAGUAAAACCCUGAUCGAAAGGGUGGCUAAAAUUUGGUCAAUAUUGAAAGAUGUAAAGAUGGAUGCAGUUAACUAGUGAAUUGCUUUUACUUUAAAUGGAGGGAUAGUGAAAAUGACGUUCAUAAACGCAUCUCGUUUAAGUUUUAUGAUAAUAAUUAUUAGAGAAUGAUCCAUGUAUAUGCUUCCAGAAUGUAUAUAAAAUAUAUUAUAUAUGAAUGAUUUGAUCCCUAGACUGUUAGUACAUGUAUAUUGUUGUUGUUUUUUUGUAUCUAAAAAUAAAAGUUUAACAACUAAAUACUUGCUUAUAAAACACAUAAACACAUGCAGUUUGACCGUAGUCCGGUGGAAUAAUUAUAGACAUCUUAGACAGAGGACUUAGCCGGUACAAUGAGAUAUGCAAAUUUUGUUUCCUUGAUCUUCUGAACGUCUGAAAGUACUUAUUCCUACAAAAUAUAACAAUAGGUUACAG